GGCGCCUGCGCAGUCGCUCCUCCUUAGGCGGCAGCCAUGGCGGGUCAAGAGGAUCCGGUGCAGCGGGAGAUUCACCAGGACUGGGCGAACCGGGAGUACAUUGAGGUCAUCACCAGCAGCAUCAAGAAAAUCGCGGACUUUCUCAACUCGUUCGAUAUGUCUUGUCGUUCAAGACUUGCAACACUAAACGAGAAAUUGACAGCCCUCGAACGGAGAAUAGAGUACAUUGAAGCACGGGUGACAAAAGGUGAGACCCUCACCUAGAACUGUGCCAUGCUGCUGCUGGGAAGUUGCUUUACAGAACACAGGCCUACGUGGGAAAGGCCCCAGCAGCCUCAGCUCCUUCCUCUCUCCUUAAAGAGCAACAGGGCUUAUUCUUGUUUUUCUUUUUUCAAAAGCGUGGCCUUUGGGCUCUGCCAUGUACAUCGGUGUGUGAUGUGGCAUGUGGGAAGAAGUCCAGGGGAACUCUCGGAAACAACAUUAGGCAUUUUACCUUUUAAGUAACAUUUUGUAGAACUGUUUGUCAACGUAUUUGAGGCGUGCAGAGCCAGACGCCUGGGACUCUUUGUUAAGGUCCUCCCCACCUCCUUUUCUCUCUCUCUCUGUCUCUGUCUCUCUCUCACACACACACAACACACACACACACACACUUUCCUUACAGCUCUCAUUGCCUCUGCAUUGGUUCUAUAAACAGUCUUUGUCUCCUUUCCACCUUUGGUGGGGGGGUGGGAGGCAGUCCUAUCUGAGACACUUAUGCCCCGGCAAGGUGGCCACAAGAGAAUGUUGUUGGUAACCCACCAGUUUCUUGUCCUUUUGGGGAGGUCAAGGCCAGGCCCCCACUUGGCUUGAAGGGACAUUUUCAGAAUUUUCUUUCUGUCACUUGGGGUGUCUUUGCCUCUCAUAUUUCCCUAAUAAACUCCUCAACUUUAUUUGACUGCUGUGAUUGUGGUGGGGAGAGGAGCUAGAGAUGGGGCUCACCCAUUCCACAGAAAUCUGACGUGCGGGAUGAUUACUCUGACAUAAAACUCUCAGAUGUUGCUCUUUGAUCAAAGUCUAGGUUGCCUACCAGAUGGAGCCCCUCCAUGUUUGGACUUUUAGCUGACUGAUACAUCCUGGGGAAUCAUUUGGUCAUUCAGCAGACAUUUCCCAGGUACUUACUAUGUAGGCAUGUUAUGCUCCAAUAAAAGCUACAGCACUGAA